AUGGCUACCACUACUCAACCACAAAAUAUUUUGAUGGAUGAAUCUUUGAACAUCCCUAGUGGCAGCAACAGCAGUCAUUAUGGGAACACAAAUGCAAAUGUAAGAACUCCCUCGGGGACACACACGCAUCAUCCUAGGCUGAACUCUCUGGACUUUUUGCACAUGCCCAGAAGACUUUCCAAUGUCAAGCUGCACCGACUACCACAAGACGAGCUGCGGAGAAAUACAAAUCUGAACAAGAGCAUGUCCAUCAACGGUAAUCAGGUUCAUGCUCACCAUCCGUUCAUAAACCCGGGUGMAGAAGUCGGUGCUCAUCAGAACGUGGAAAGAGAAGAGGAGGAGGAAGAUGAGAUUUCUCCUCUGUCUCAUGAUAACUUCCAGUAUGAUUCAGAAGAGAAUGCUAAUAAUCCCUCACCCCCCAUCUAUAAGAAAUCUGGCGAACUGGUGAAGAGCUCGCUAAAGAGAAGGUCCAAGUCCUUACCCAUCACCCCCAAAUCUAUCUUCCACAAGGCGGGCGCCAGGGGCAAGCAUGUCAAUCUGGACCACGUGGAUUCAAGGCUGUUGCAAAGAAGUAAAAGUGUCCAUUUCGAUCGUGUCUUACCUAUAAAGCUGUUUAAUGGGAACGAAAAACCUAUAGACGUUAGCAAACAAAUGAUCCAGCAGGAUGUCUUAAAUUUUAAGCACAAGCCUUUGACAAGACUCGAUGAUUUUAACGGUAGUAACGACUGUGUACCCAUCGAGGACUUGUUAUCUGAAGACAGCCAAAACACAUUUCAAGACACGUGGCUACGAAACCCCAAGGGCGUCUUCCUCUUUGGGACGAAUGCCAACAGUCACCACAAGAACAAGAAGAAGUUCUCGCUGGAGGACGAGGAUAGUGAUGACGAUGAGGCUAUAAACCGCUUAGUGAAGAAGCAAGGCAAAGACGAAACUUUCCUCACAAACGGACUAAAGAAUUUGUUGAUAAACAACGAAGACCAAUAUUCAGACGCAAAGAAGGACUCUGACAAAUCAGAGAUCUYACUGGACGCCAACAACUUAUUUUACGGGAACUCGAAAAGAACCGUUGGUCUUUAUAAUAAGAACUUCCCCAUCUUAAGUGAUAGGAACCACAAGAGCUUGAAAUUAAAUGUAUUUUUGAAUUUAUCUCGCGGCAGGCCUGUUUUUCUACAAGAGCUUACUUUACUAUCAGGUUUCCACAACAUGACUAUAGUGGGGAAAGUCUUUGUAAAAAACAUAUACUUUGAUAAGAAGAUCAUUGUAAGGUACACAUGGGAUGCAUGGAAAACGGUCCAUGAAUCAGAAUGCGUCUAUUUCUCUAAUGCAAACGGCAUCUUACCGGGGAACAAUAUGGAUAUCUUCAAAUUCUCCAUCGAUGAUAUACACAAUCCAAACGAUAAAGAUAGUAAUAUAUCGCCAUUAGAGUUCUGUAUUCAAUACUUGACCUGGAGCGUUGAUCGUUCCAGAAAGGAGUAUUGGGAUAAUAACGAUUCAUCGAACUAUAAGAUCGAUGUGGUGACCCAUGAAGCGAGGUUAGGGCCUACAACGGACGUCAAUGACAACUAUGAAAUGAGACACAGUCUUUUCAGAAAUCCAUUCCACUAA